CCGGCUGCUGAUUCUUGUGUCCUUGGGGACAAGUGCGGGUACGCGGUCAUGUCUUCGGAUCACAACCUCUGCUACCUGUGCAAGGAGGACCUGAGGGAUCCCGUGUCCAUUCCCUGUGGACAUGUCUUCUGCUCCAUCUGCCUGAAUACCUACUGGGACCAUGUAGACCACACGGGGACCUACGUCUGCCCCCAGUGCCGAGUCGCCUAUAGCAAGAGACCGACGCCGCGUCGGCUCCAGAGCUCCAGAUACUCCACAGGGCACCGGACCUCGGAAACCUACCCACCUCCACCUCCGGAGCCUGACUACAACUACGCCGGGCCCCAAGACGUAGGUUGUGACAUUUGCAUAGGCAGGAAGCACAAGGCGGUCAAGUCUUGCCUGAUGUGCCUGGCACAUUACUGCGAAAAGCACCUAAAGCCCCACUUUGAGUCCAGCACGUUCAAGCGGCACAAGCUGGUGGACGAGAUCGGCCACUUGGACCGCCAAAUCUGCCCGCAGCAUCAGAAAGGCUUGGAGCUCUACUGCCGAACGGACCAGAUGUGCAUCUGUGUCCUGUGUACAGUCAAGGAGCACAAGGGCCACGACAUGGUGUCAGCUGAGCAGGAGAGGCAGGAGAAACAGAACCUCCUGGGUGCCACACAAGCAGAAGUGCAGCAGAAGAUCCACGAGAGAGUGAAGCAGAUGGAGGAAUUGAAACAGGCCGUGGAGGCUCUCAAAAGCUCGGCCCAGAGAGCCCUGCAGGAGAGCGAGAAGCUGUUCGGUGACAUGCUGCGUUCCAUCGAGCGAAUGCAAGCUGAGAUGACCAAGCUCAUCUCCUCCAAUAAGAGGGCGGCCACCAACAGUGCCGAGGGCCACAUGGAGCGGCUGAGCCAGGAGAUCGCCGACCUGAAGAAGAGGGAUGCCGAGUUAACGCAGCUCUCUCGCACAGAGGACCACAUACACUUCAUUCAGAACUUCCAGAUGCUUGUAGCUCAGACCGAAGCCGAGGAGCUGCCCAGCGUCACCGUAAACCCCUACUUCUCUUUCGGGACGGUGACCAAGGCUGUUUCUGAAAUGAAGGUCCAUCUGAAUGAGUACACAAAUGAGGAGCUGGUCAAAGUGGCCAAAACAGUGAAUAAGAUGCCAUUCUGCCAACUGGAUGAUCGCAAAAGAAGACGGACUACGAAAUCAAACGGAGCCACGCUGUACAGAACUCCAGCUCAGGAGCCGAGACAAAGAGAAGAGUUUUUAAAAUAUGCCUGUCAGCUCACACUGGACCCAAGCACAGCCUACAGACAACUGCAUCUGUCCAGGGGGAAUAGGAAGGCGACCUUGAAGAAGGAACCCCAGUCAUAUAGCGAGAGCUCCCACAGGUUCGACUGCCUGCCCCAGGUGCUGUGCAAGGAGCAACUCUCCGGGGGCUGUUACUACUGGGAGGUGGACUGGAGCGGAGAAGGCGCCUCCAUCGGCGUCACCUACAAGAGCAUCAAGAGGACGGGCUAUGGGGAUGGAUCCCGCAUCGGGUACAACCGCAAGUCCUGGAGCCUCUUCUGCUCUGAUUCCAGCUACUCCGCUCGCCACAACAAGGAUCAAAUCGAGAUCAACGCCCCUUACUCCUCCCGCAUCGGCGUCUUCCUGGACCCCUCCGGCGGCACCCUGUCCUUCUACAGUGUCUCUGACACCAUGUCCCUCAUCCACAGGUUCCAGGCUUCUUUUAGUGAGACCCUGUAUGCUGGGUUUUGGGUCUGGUAUGAAUCUUCAAUCACUAUAUGCCAACUCUGAGUACACUGUUAAACUGUUUUCUUUGUAAAAUAACUUUUUGUACCACUGAGGGAAGCACAUAUGUUACAUCAUUUGAUUCAGAAUGAAAAUCCCAAUUGAAUUUUUCCUGAACUCAUGGGAAAAAUCUGUACAGCUAUUUGUGAUUAUCUUCAUUAAUGUGAUGGUGACCUAUCCUGCCAAAUGUAGACAUUAUGGAAAAAGUAAUAAAUUUGUUAUGGUGAUGGGCAUUUUAAUAUAUUGUUUU